AGCCAUCAGUAAAUCCCGCGCUUUAAAUUGAAAUAAUAUUUUGUCACAAAAGAGCAUCUAAAAUUUAUCAUUGAUCAAAAACUACCACCACUAUCAGAACUAUGGACCUUGUCGACCUACUUCCUCAUUCUGACGCUGAAUUAUUCCUUAGUAUACCAUGGAAAGAUCGCUGGGAGUGCUUCCGGUCUGUGAUCAUUCAGCUCUACCUGGGAAAACAUGGUCCAGAAGGCAAGCCGAUGACUAUGAAUCAAGUGGCAGAGCAUAUGCUUAACCACUUUAGGUUCCGUGCCACUGUGUCUCAGUAUCGAGCGAAAUUUCGCAAGUGGAAUAUUCGUCGACGAAUCCUCACAAGUGAGAAGCUCGAAAUUGGGAACGCGCUCGCAAGGCGAUCGCAUCCUGAAGCGAGCACAUCAAACGUGACACUCGGUCGAGGCGAGUCUGAGAAGGAAGUUGACACGAAACAAUUGAAAAGAUACAUGGGGGAUCAAAUACGUCACUAUCGGAUUGAGACGAUAGCGCCUGGGGUGCUCUCAGAGUGGAAUCUUCCUUACGCAGCAUUCGUUGCUUCUCUGGCCAGGCAACCCGACCAGCCUUCUCCCUUUGGACCGGCGUCUGCAACACCAGACUACGUGAAUAUCCAUAGCCCUGAAGCCACCACUCCAACUAGACAACCAGACGGGCCGUCCCCGAAUAUGGAACUUGUCAAUAAGAAGGCCGUUUUAGAUCAAUCGAGCCUCUUUUUACAAGGACGUUUCAAAGAUCUCCUCAUACGAUGCGAAAGAGAAGACCGCAUCAUGCUAAUUAACUACUUUCACGAGUUCUACGUCCAUUCAUUUACUGUAGCAAAGUACUGGGGCAGGGGUCCGCGUGUUUGGACCGCAGAUAUGGUGGCUUCUCUAACGACUGAUGCUGCUAGUCCUCCAACUCCUGGAUCGCUCAUGAGCGUUGGCUCUGCUCCAUCGCCAUCUCACAAUAGACCAACCAAAGUCCGCGUACCGAUAACUAUCUGUCGAUGGUCAAUCCACGUAGGAGAUGUGGAUUACGAACCCAUUGAAGAACCAGAUCUUGUUAGGCAAGAUGCAUUCGACAUCCAUGAUACUUCCUCGUGGCCCCAGUGGCCAGAGAGAGAUCUACCAAAGCACCCAUUCCCCGAAACUAUUCAGAACUCAAUCGCUAAUAGCUCCUUCACUGCCACAACUCCUGAGAACUUACCAGUCUCCGCGCAGUUAAUAGGAAAGUCCCUACAAGAAAAUCCAAGUAUGGUGCUCGUGGAUGCCUGGAAAUUCGCUAUCAUGGCUGGGAAUGUAGACCUUCUAAUUUCACUUUCUAACAGAAGCGAGCAAAUUCCCUCAGACAUUGAUGGUAUAUAUCCCAUGCACCUUGCUGCUGCGUUCAUGGAUGGCGGUCAUCAUUGUUGCGGAGUAAUCAAUCGCCUUUGCUGCGCUCUAGGCGGGGACUACAUCUAUUUCCACAACGUGAAUAAUCUAGGGCACACAGUACUGGAUGCGCUCAUGAUAUCGAUUAUCCGCUCGCACACAGGUAUCAGCCCUGAACGUGUUAGCCCGGACUUUAGUCCUCCAAAUAGAUAUCCUGGAGAAGAAAAGGAUAUCUGUGGCAGAUGGGACGCUGAUUCACCAGCAGUUCGUGAACUCUUCCAACGUGGUAUCCCACGUAUACCCAUGUCAUGGAAGCAUCCUUUUUGUCAUACUGCCGCCCAGGCUAUUUGUCACAGUACCAUCGCCAUUUUUGGUUCGCCCGCAUCUCCUGAUAUCAAUACUCGGAGUGGGCUAUUCAUUCGGCGUUGCGGUAACUGCGGAUUGGAACUAAAGCUUGGGCCCCUUCAUACUCUUAUUGUCGUGGCUUUCAAUCUAGCAAACCAAGGACGACCGGGAGAGACGUUGUUCGGCGCAUUAGCCGUCCUUGUAUGUCUGCUUAGGCUAGGCGCCGAUGCCACCCUAAGCGUGCAAUCGUCAGCCGAGGAUAUACUGGGACAAGUACAACACGGGAUAUGUCAUCACGAACCUCUAAAUGCUCAUGAAUUAAUGCUUAAGGUAAAGGAAGACUAUGUUCAACGCUGGUCCCCAGAGUGCCAGAUAGGAUGGCGGUGCAUUCUUCAAACACUCCGCUUGGCAAUGAAAGGUAGGAUUCAAAGGGAGAAUGGCGAGCCAGGAAAAGACUCGCAGCGAGAUUCCGAGUCAGAGGAAAAUUCAGAGGAAGACUCGGAGAGGGACUCAGAGGAAACCUCAGAGGCGGGGUAUUCGGAAGGGGACUAUUGCUUCCUUGACGAUGAUUUACACGGUGAAUGGUUGCGACUGCCCUGCGGCAAUCCAGAACUUGGGCAACUCUGGGCCACUAUCCAAGUGGAGCUCCUUACAUAUCGUAGGACCAGUGUUGAGAAGCCAUGGAUUUCCGAGAAUUUCUUGAUGAAUGUUCUUGAGGCUUGGUUAGGCGGAAGAUCGGUGAAAUUUCAUACUCCAUUGGUGGAAAAACCAAUGAUGCGGAAUUAUACGCUCUGUGGGUGGUUUCGCUCGAGCGAUUUCGUUUGUUCCAUUGCUGAAGAGGUGUGUGAAGAACACAUAAUGAAUAUGGAUAAUUAUGGGGGUAUGGCAUCGUUUAUUGAGCGACCUAACUUCGUAGAAUCUUGGGGAGAAGUCAUGAUGCCGGAAACUCAGUGAGGGUUAAUGGACAUUAUUCUUUGAUGGCGAAGGUUUGUGAUAUUAAAUUCUAAGCUUGGGUUCAUACCUAAGACAGUGGACUUGACAGCAGCCAGUAAUCCCGAUGCCAAGCCCACUUACCUUCUUCAGAUCGCUAUUUCGACUCGCUAUUUGUCACCGGGGGGAAAUCACCUCUUUACGAUAGCAUGAAGGCAAAGUCGCCCGUAUUAACCAAAUCACUGGGUAUUUUGAUUUCCUCCAUAUCAGUUGACUUAUUCAUUGACUGGCAGACAAUCAUGUAACGUUUGGUUGAACGUGGGCGAACGAACAGCGGACGAUAGCGACGCCCAAUCAGCGCUCAGAACAAACUAACAUAUUUCCCGAUUCGGUAUUUUUUUGUACCUCUCCACUUUUAUUCAAUCCUUGUUAUCGCAAUUGACAAUAGAAAAUUCUAUUUUA